GAUCAUUGCGGCACCGAGGAGGAGGCGGCGGCAGCGGCGGCGGUUCCCGCAUACAGAGAUACCCCCGGAACUAAACGUGUGUCGGAACCUUCCUGCAGCAGCCCCAUUUUCUGGUCGGACACUUCCGGGACUAGGACACAGGAGAGACGACACAACCGGUCGCGGGGAGGGAUAAGGCGCUCUCUUAAGAAUGUCAAAACAGCCAGUUUCAAAUGUCAGAUCCAUUCAGGCUAAUAUCAACAUCCCAAUGGGAGCAUUUCGACCUGGAGCAGGGCAUCCUCCCAAAAGAAAAGAAUUUACACCUGAAGUGGAGGAGAGCGUUCCUGCUUCUACAGAGGAGGAGGAGGAGAAGGGGAAGAAACAGCUCCCAGGAGCAAAGAAACUUCCAGGCCCUGCUGUCAACUUAUCAGAGAUCCAGAAUAUAAAGAGUGAGCUGAAAUUUGUCCCCAGAGCUGACCAGUAGUAGAAAAGAACAGAUCUGAAAAGAGAAACAGAAUGAAAUAUAACGAGUGCAG